GCCUCGUCCUUCAGAUACCCAUUACCGCGACACAUCCAGACGAAAAAGAAAUCAAUCGAAAGACCCCCUCCCAAAAUAAAAAUAAAAAUAAAAAUAAAAAUGACAGACUCCGAGCCCCUCUUCGUGUACAAGCUCAUCCCAUCGACAGCGCCGGUGCGGGAGCCGCUCCCCGAGCGGCUGCCGGUCAGCGAGAUCGACGAGAAAUCGGGCUUCGUGCACCUGUCGACGGCAUUCCAGGUGCCGAACACACUCCAGUUCUUCUUCAAAGAUGAUCCGCUGGUCUACCUCCUUCGGAUUCCGUACAGCAAGAUAGCUGUCGACGUCAAGUGGGAGAACCCCGAGGGUACGGUAUGUGGGCCGCGACCGAAGGAGGGCCUUUUUCCGCACCUGUACAACGGUCUCAAGCUAGGGAAAGAUGAGGUCGAGAGUGUCGCCAUUUGGAAGAAUGAUGAGGGCUGGGAGAAGGCGCUCGCGCAGGCAAAGCCGUGGCUUUUGUACUGAUUGGUUGAUUGAUUGCAUUACGUCCAACAAACUCAUGAUCAAUGUACAUAUCUCCCCUUCUGAAUGUCUGAAGGGUUUGUAUUAGGGCCAGCACCUCGGCACCAGGCCGGUACAUAUGAGGACAUCAUUUUUGCGACAACUUAUGUGGUGUGGUUUCACGAAAUAGACAUUCAGCCAUUCAGUCUCCCAGGGGAUAACA